AUGAAGGAUCGGCGCAGUUUUCUAGCGCGGCUGAACGAAGACUGCUAUGUGUUCGCGUGCCUGUUACUAGGCAUCUUCUGUCUGCACAUGCAAGCAGUCUUCCUUGCGGCCUUCCCUGAGGCCCCGGAGCCCUGUUUGUGUCUGAGCACACGCACUUGGACAGUCAUGGCAAUGUGCGUGCUCUGCGAAAUUCUGCCCAGCUUCCGUCACUCAUCUCACACUCGUCGGACCCUUAUCGCCGCCAACGAAGUUUUCCGCGGCGUCGCAUUCGGUGUGCUGCUCACCGGGCUCUGGUGGAGUGCAACCGCUGUCACCCCGUCGGGGCUCGACGAAGAGUUUGCCGUGCCUAUUCCGGUUGAUGCCGACGGCCAAGUUCUUGUGCCCAGUGCGCGACGACGUCUGGUGGCUGCGGAAGGAUGGUCCAUGGCAGGAAGCGGCUGGCCCGUGAGAGACGGCUGGCCCAUCACAGACAGCUGGCAGGAUCGACUCACUGGGCAGAACAGCCAGGCGCGCCAAGUCUACCUCCAGACCGGCUUGCUGCUCAUCAUCCAGUCACUCAUCACCGACCUCGUCAUUCUCCUCUAUAGACCCUGGGCCGAACUUCUGGUUUGCACCAAAGCAUCCAAGUGCUCCAGACUUCUCCUCCGUUCCUGCUUCUCCGCCAUGUGCACUUGUAGUCUCGCAAUGAUCGUAUACAAAUCCAUACACGGAUCUGCCGCCACCGAGUAA